AUGGGUAGCAGCGAAGGACAGACCUAUUGUCUUCGAUGGAACAACCAUAAAUCAAAUUUGGUUGAAAUCCUUGAUGCUCUCAUUAAAAUGGAGUCAUAUGUUGAUUGUACAAUAGUUGUGGAUGAACAAGUUCAAUUUAAGGCACAUCGUGUUGUAUUAGCUGCUAAUUCACCAUAUUUUCAAUCUAUAUUACAAGAUGUUCCAAUGGAUCACUGUAGUAUAUUAUUUCCUGGUGUACAGGCAUUUGAAAUGCGUGCAUUAUUAGAGUAUAUGUAUACUGGAGAGGUAAAUGUUACACAAAGUCAAAUACCACGUAUUAUGAAAAUUGCUGAACAAUUAGAAGUUAAAGGUUUAUUUGAUAUGACUGACUUAAAAGAAAAAUUUACAAAAUUUGAAGAUAAUGGCCCACCUAAUCAUACACCAUAUAAUGUUCCUUUUACACCACCAUUACCACCUCCACAACAUCAACAAUCAUCGCCUGUUAUUACAACAUCAUCAAAUAUUACACAACAUCAGGCACAAAGUAGUAGUUCCCCACCGCCAUCAUAUUUAUAUAAGUCACCAUAUUCUAGUCUGUAUACAAAAAGUCCAGGUCCAUCUGAACACAGACGCAGCAUUGACGAUCGUAAUGAACGUUACAAUUCAUCAAAUGAAAGACAUGAAACACAAGAGCGUGGUUUACAUAAUGAACGAAAUACUGAAAGAGUUCUUGAUAAAAGUCCACCAUCGCAAACCCAACAGCGAUCAAUUACACCUCCACCAUCUCAACCACCACCCUCAUCUUCUCAACAACACACUCCAUGGCCGAUCUCAUCAGUAAUAGGACCCGGUUCCAUCCCAACGUCAGCUGCAGCAGCCGCUAUGUUAAGUUCUGUUUAUGAAAGUGCGCCGGAUAUGAAUCCACUAAAACGUAAAAAACUAUCAUCGAUCUCAAGCAUGUUGAUGGCCAGUGACACACCUAUAUUAAGAAACGUCCUUGCCCAAAGCCAUGCAGCUGAUUCAUCCCAACCUAUGCCAUUAAUUAAACAAGAAAGGGAGAACGAGAAACAAGGACCAUUGAACUGCUCAGGACCCUUAGAUUACAAUAAUGAAAAGUACGCAAAAUAUGAUGAACCACACUCUCCAUUUAUGGAUAAAUCUUGUGAUGAUGAUCAAAUGUUCAUGAAAAAUGAUUGUUCACCAAAUGAACGACUUGGAAAUAUGUCAUAUUCAUCUAACAACAAUUCACAAAAACCAGAAUGGAAACGUUAUAAGCAAUAUACAAGAAGUGAUAUCUUAGCUGCCAUUGAAUGCGUACGCAACGGGAUGAGUGCUUUGCAAGCAUCCAGAAAAUUCGGUGUACCAUCACGCACUCUUUACGACAAAGUAAAAAAACUGGGUAUCACUACAGGCCGUCCUAUGAAUCGUACAAUAAAACGAAGUCCAAGUACAGGAAGUAGUUCUGCUAGUUUUCCUUUUGGUUUAAGUGGAACUGCUCACCCUGCCUAUAGCCAGGCUGAAGCAAUGCUUUCCCAAAUGCAUGAAUCUAAUGAAUUACAUUCAAGCCAUUUACGCGGUAAUAACAAUAGUAGUAAUGGUAACGGUAAUGGUGAAAAAGAACAUCGUGAACAUCAUUUACCACCAAAUCUACCGCACCCAGCCGCUGCUGCAUUACUUGAUCCAACAUUCCUACAACAAGCAUUUGAAUCACGUGGCGGUGAUAUAGCUGGACGUGAAGCAUUACACGCAAUGGCAUUAGCAGCAGCAGCACACGCUGCUGUCAAUGGUAUCUCAACAAGUCCCGGUACUAAUGGUACAGCAAGAUCACCCAGUCCUGGAUUUGCCUUAAAAUAUUCAAGAUCUCAUCAAAAUUCACCACCACCAACUUCUACUACAAAUAUGAAUUUGAAUAGAUCAUCUUCAUCAUCAACAUAUUCCCGACAUCAAUUAAGAAUACCACAAGAUACUGAACAUAAUAUGCAUAAUGAAAGAAAUUUAAAAAGAGAAUGCAUUAUGAAAUAUGACCGUGAACUCGACAAUGAUGAUGAUGAUGACGAUGAUGAUGAUAAUGAACAAGAUCGUGUCGAAGAUCUAUCUGUUAAUAGGAAAUCAAUAACAGUACAACAAAAUUUAAAAUCACCAUCACCAACAAGACCAUUAUCACCAUCAUCAUCAUCACAUCCACCACAUUCUCCAACAUUACAACCACCAUUACCGCUACCAUCAAGAUCACCAUCAUCAUUACAUCAAACGAACAAUGAAAGUAAUCAUCAUUUACAUCAAUCACAUCAUAAUAAAAAUACAUCAUCAUCAUCAUCAUCAACAUCAUAUAAUACUGGUAAUCAACAAUCUACUGGUGUUAUAAUGCCACCAAUUAUAUCAAAACUUUCUUCAAAUACUAUUAGUGAAACAACAACAACAACAACAGAUUAUCCAGUGAGUCAUGAAUCGACAGUAACAUCAGCACCAACAUUAUCAAUGAAAAGAGAACUGAUAGCAGAAGAUGAAACAAGAGACUAG